AUGCUCAAGCGCCUGGCCAGGGUGAAGGCACCGGCCUCCAACGCACCGUGGAUAUGCGCACGUUGUCGCCAGAAGUCGCAGUUCGACAGAAAGUUUACCAGCGUCGCUGCUGGCACUUCCACACGCGACCAUGCUUCUUCCCCUUCGGCUUCCUCGCUCUACGGCCUCACUACCGGUUACGCGAAACGGGACGAUGAGACACUCCGCAAGGUCUUUGACGAUGCGCGGUUCUGGGCUUCCUUCUCACAAAAGUCGAAAGUGAAUCCGCCAACGGGAAUAGUAGGGAAUCGCUAUCUCACGCAUCCCGACGGGUUUCUGGAUUUUGUCACCAUAACGCUGCACAGGUGCGAGAGGAUAGUGCGGCGGGUGAGCUCCGCGCAUUCGGUGCAGGAGUACAAGAGCAUGGUGAGGGAUCUGGACAGGUUAAGCGAUCUGCUAUGUCGGGUCAUCGAUCUGGCCGACUUUGUACGGGGCACCCAUCCGGAUCGAAAAGUGCAGGCUGCGGCGAAUAAGGCGUAUGCGAUCAUGUUCCAGUACAUGAAUCAGCUGAACACGACGACCGUGCUGAAUGACCAGUUGAAGAAGGCCGUUGAUGUUCCCGAAGUGUGGGAAUCGUGGACUGAGCAGGAGCGAGUGGUGGCUAAGAUUUUGCUUGAGGAUUUCUCGCGGUCGGCGAUUGAGCUGCCAGACGGCGCAAGGCAGCGCUUUGUCCAGCUCAGUAAUGAGAUUGCACAUGAUGGCGCCGAGUUUGUCGAUCGUAUGGCCCCGGCGACGCCGACAUUGACGUUCGAUAGCACGAGAAUGAGGGGUCUGGAACCGGGAAUGGUGAGGAUGUUGACGAAGUGGGGGAAGACGAAGAUCAAUACUAUGAACCAUGAGGCACAGAUGGCGUUAAGAUACGUGGAUGACGCCGAGGUUAGAAAGGAGAUAUACAUGGCUGUGCGGACAGCCAAUAAGAGUAGCAUCAAUCGAUUGGAGAAGAUGUUGAGGAACAGAGCGGAGCUGGCAAAGUUGUCAGGAUAUGAGAGCUUCGCGCAUAUGACGUUGGAGAAUAAGAUGGCAAAGUCCCCGGAGGCAGUCAAUCAGUUCCUAAAUGCUCUGAUCGAAGACAACAGGCAUCAGGUUCAAGAGGAGCUGCGAGAGUUGAUGGAGUUGAAGAUGACGGACACGAAGUCGAAUUCCCCCCCUCAAAUCCACGCAUGGGACAAGUUCUACUACACGCAUCGCCUCAUUUCCAACAUGGACAUGAAGCUCCGCUCUCCUGAUUUUCUCUCGGCUUACUUCUCAGUCGGCACGGUGAUGCAGGGACUCUCCCGCCUCUUCGACAGGUUAUACGGUCUUCGCCUUGUACCGCGGGAAACCCAGCCUGGCGAGGUCUGGGGAGACGAUGUGCGACGACUAGACGUCGUCUCUGAUACUGAUGGGCAUAUUGCCGUGCUGUACUGCGACCUCUUCUCCCGCGAUGGCAAAACACCGAAUCCGGCACAUUUUACACUACGCUGCUCCCGCGAGCUAUCGGAAUCGGAAAUCCAGGAUGCUGCAGCUACUCAGCACCCAUUUUCCUCGCCUGUUGAGGCGGCAACGGACGGCAUGGCUGUAGCUCUCAAUCCCCAAACGAACAGUUAUUUCCAACUACCGACGAUCGCACUCAUCUGCGACUUCUCGUCUCACCAUCCUCCUCGGCCAGCGCUACUCAACUUCAACGACGUUAAGACCCUUUUCCACGAGAUGGGACACGCCGUGCACUCCUUCCUCGGCCGGACAGCGCUGCAGAAUGUUAGUGGCACACGGUGCGCAACCGACUUCGCAGAGUUGCCAUCAGUCCUAAUGGAAUAUUUCGCAUCCUCACCCUUAGUGCUGGCACUAUUCGCAAGACACUGGGAAACCGAUGCGCCCUUACCACAGUCUGCGCUCGAUCAGCGCCUGGCAAUCGACACACGCACCAAGGCUGCCGAAACGGAAGCUCAGAUUCUACUCGCUAUACUGGACCAGGCGUAUCAUUCGUCCCUUCCUCUGGAAAGCUCCUUCGAUUCUACAAAGACGUACCACGACGUAUUCAACAAGUACGCAUCCAUCCCUGAGCCCCAAGGCACAGCAUGGCAAGGUUUCUUCGGACAUCUCUUUGGCUACGGAGCCACGUACUACUCCUACCUUUUCGACACGGCGAUUGCAAGCCACAUCUGGUCGGACGUAUUUCAGAAGAGAGGGCCAGAGGGAAGUGUGAGCAGAGACAACGGGGAGAAGUACAAGAACGAGGUACUCAGGUGGGGUGGAGGAAGGGAUGGCUGGAAGUGUUUGGCUGGGGUGCUGGGGGAUGCUAGGUUGGAAGAUGGCGGCGAGAUGGCUAUGAAGGAGGUGGGUAGGUGGGGAAUCAAGAGUCGGAGGGCGUAGGGUGAGCCGCGGAGUGUUUGUGCAGUAUUGUAUUGGUAUCGAUUUCGAUUUGGAUACCCGCAUCAUUGCGGGGGACGUAUACCCGAGC